AGCAGCUCCACCCCUCCGGUAACUACUCCCCGCUCAGAACCGACCGAACCCUCAGAUCAGAGACUGGUGCACAGGUAUCCCCAACGUCACUGCUGUGACGGAAAGUUAUUUUAGGUGUACUUCGUGUUGGUAUUUUGAAGGAACUUACUCGGACUUGGUAGGGUGGGUGUAGCCUAUAUAUAAGAGAAACAUAAUGAAGAUGAAGGAUGUCUGCGGUUUGGACCAGAGCCGGACUUACCGGACGAUGUUUCUUCUGUGCGCGCUCCUGCCGCUUCCCACGAGCGCAGAUAUCACUUGCGCCUCGUGCUUCGCGCCAAUUCAAAUCCACGGGAAUGAAGCGCUUGAGCAAAUUAUACCAACUGUCGUUGUAAACCGUCAGUUUGACACCGUAACGGUCGGCAGUGCCGUCAAAAGCGGGAUAUUAAGGCUGGAUAGACCUCAACUUUUCCCUAAAGCGCAUGUAUCCAGACGGGACCGGGUGAGCCCAACUGAGGGAAAGGACGGAACGUUUUAUUCAGCAUCAUCUUCAGAGGGAAUCAAAGUGGACAGAAGGGUGAAGCGCGGCGUGUUUCCCUCAGAGCGCGAGAAAAGUGUCAACAGCGCGGCUGCUCCUCGGUCCGAGUUUAGGAGGACUGGAGGAGUUGAUGGUACCGCCAGGGGUCCGAGGCAGAAUGAGCCACACCUGGUCACGUCCACCUUCGCCCUGUCCGGAGAUUCUGCUCAUAAUCAGGCCAUGGUGCUGUGGUCCGGAUACAACAGCAGCGUGAUCCUGAUUCUGACAAAACUGUUCGACUUUAACCUCGGAACUGUGACAGAAAGUUCACUCUGGAGGUCUGUAGAUUUUGGGGCAACGUAUGAAAAGCUGACAGAUAAAGUGAUGAGCAGAACAAUGCUGAGCUAUCUGUACGUCUGUCCGACCAAUAAGAGGAAGAUCCUGAUCUUAUCCGACCCAGAGGUGGAAAGCAGUUUACUCAUCAGUUCCGACGAAGGCGCAACUUUUCAAAAAUUCAAUAUUAACUUCUACAUUAUGAGUCUUCUGUUUCACCCUACGCAAGAGAAUUGGAUACUGGCUUAUAGCCAUGACCAGAGGCUGUACAGCUCUGUAGACUUUGGGAAGAAGUGGAUUCUUGUUCAUGAACGAGUAACUCCAGGGCGAUUCUACUGGGCUCUGAGUGGUCUGGAUAAAGAUGCAGACCUGGUGCACAUCGAGGCCCGAACUGACAGUGGACAAAUAGAGUAUAUUACCUGUCGAGCCCAAAAGUGUUCGGAGGAGGGUAGGCAGUAUCCAUUCAGUGGCCGAAUCGACACCAACUCCUUGGUAGUUCAAGACCAAUACAUCUUCUUGCAGCUAACCACGGCUGGAAGAACUACGUACUUUGUGUCCUACCAGCGAGGGCCCUUCAGGACCAUACAGCUCCCGAAAUACUGUCUACCCAAAGACAUGCAUAUUGUCAGUACAGAUGAGGGGCAGGUGCUCGCAGCCGUGCAGGAGUGGAAUGAAAAUGCCACUUACAGUCUAUACAUCUCUGACACUCCUGGAGUCUACUUCACGCGCUCGCUGCCAAACCUGCGCACGUCCCGCGGGCUUGCCGGAAACCUCAUCGUUGAUGUCUACAAGGUGUUGGGUGUUAGUGGGCUCAUCAUAGCCAAUAAGAAAGAAGACACACAGAUGAAAACAUAUAUCACAUACAACAAAGGGCAGACAUGGGCCUUACUGCAACCGCCGACAAAGGAUGCUACAGGAAAUGACAUCAACUGCAACCUGCCAUCGUGCUCCCUGCACCUUCACCUGCAGAUGUCUGAAAACCCUUACACACCUGACACUAUCUCCACCAAGCAAUCCGCUCCAGGGAUUAUUGUGGCCACAGGAAACAUUGGGCCCGAGCUGUCCUUCUCUAACACAGGAAUGUUUAUCUCUUCUGAUGCUGGUAACACCUGGAGACAGAUUUUCGAAGAGGAGCACAGCGUUUGGUUUUUGGACCAUGGAGGGGCUUUAUUAGCUGUUACCCAAUCUGCAGUUCCCACACGGUAUUUAUGGAUUAGUUUGGAUGAAGGCAGGCAGUGGGAUAGACUCAGCUUUUCAUCUACUCCUCUGUUUGUUGACGGGGUUUUGAUGACUCCGGAGACGGAAAAUCACAUCAUUACAUUCUUUGGACACUUUAGUUACCACUCUGACUGGCAACUGAUAAAGAUUGACUACAGCUCCCUGUUUGGGCGGAAAUGCACAGACGGAGACUUUCAGACAUGGCACCUGCAUAACAAGGGCGAGGUGUGUGUGAUGGGAGAGAGACAGGUGUAUAUGAAGAGGAAGCCGGGCACACGCUGCUCUCUGGGUCAAGAGUAUUCUCGAGUCGUUUCAGCUGAACCCUGCAACUGUAGCCUCUAUGACUUUGAGUGUGAUUAUGGGUUUGAGAGACAGGCCAGUGGAAAAUGUGCACCUGCAUUCUGGUAUGAUGUGAAUUUACCUUCAUACACCUGCAGCCAAGGACAGCACUUCCGCAACAGCACGGGGUACCGAAAAGUGAUGUUGAAUAACUGUAGAGAGGGUCUGAAGGAAACACUGAGUCCAAGAAUGCAACAGUGUAAGCCCAUUGCUCCCAGUGGCCUACAGUUGAGCACCAGCAACUCCCAGCUCACUGCUGUACUGGGAACCAAUAUCACCUUCAGAGCAACACUGCAAAACGGUGACUCCUUGUCUACAAGUCUCCGUGUUGACUUUGGAGAUGGCACCUCUGUGUCAUACUCUAACAUAAGUCGCCUUGGUGACAGCAUCACACACACGUACAGGAUGGCAGGGAUAUUCAGGGUCACCGCACAUACCCAGAACAGCCAGGGAUCUGACAGCAGUUCAGUCUAUCUGCACAUCACCAGUCCCGUGGAGCGUAUAUUUCUCUCAGCACCCGUGGUUGUCAUAAGAGGAAGAGAGGCCAACCUGACGGCAGUGCUGUGGCCCAGUCAGCCCCGGACCUCUACCUUCUACUGGUGGUUCAAUAACAGCACAGAGCCACUGAUCACACUGCGAGGAAGCGUGUCGCACACGUUCACGCAGGAGGGAUCUCACUCUGUCACCGUCCAGGUGUCUGCCGGAGGGGUUGUCUUACAGGACGUCAAAACCAUCACUGUCAAAGAGUUCUUUCGUUCUUUAUUGCUGUCAUUCUCUCCCAACCUGGAAGAGCACAACCCGUCUGUCGUUGAGUGGAGACAGGACGUGGGGCGCGUUGUCAGGGCAACGCUCAUUCAGGUUUGUGGGAUCCCUGAGCGCCGGUUAUUGGUUUCUGUGUUUCCAGGAUCACCAACAGCUGCUGAGCUCUUUAUCCUACCAGAGAAGAAUCAGUCGGCAUACAGAUCACAAAUAGAAGAACAACUUGAUAAAAUGUCAGAGGUGCUCAUGAACGCUUUAAAUCAGAACCUGAUCCAGUUUGAUUUGAAGCCGGACACACGGGUCACAGUGUCCGUGUCUCAGCUCACUCUGGCACCCCUGGUCGACUCCACUGCUCUCCCCAGUGGUUCUGCCAUGCUGUUACUGGUUUCUCUUGGUCUGGUGGGGUUGGCCAUUCUCUUCGUAUACAAGUUCAAACGUAAGAUCCCGUGGAUCCAUGUGGAGACCGAGGACACCCAUGAGAAGGAGCCGGAGAUGAUCAGCGCCGUCGGACAGGAGAAGAACGGCACGAGUACGACAGCCACUUCUUCGUUCAAGUCGUGCAGCAAACACAGCACACACCCACCGUUUCCCUCGAACCCUGGAACACUCAACAGCUUCAGCCAUCUGCCACCUCCUAGAGAACUGAUGGAGAAAGAGAUGGAGGCUCAUAACACAGGGGGCCUCGGGGUUGGAGAGAGGCUACGAACCAGACAGAUUCCGAACUGCACCAAUGUCUGAAAUGAUGAAAUGAAGAAAGGUUUGAUGAUGAAAUAUCAUCAUUUUGUAUAUGUUUGAAGGAAUUGUACAUGCUGUGUAAUUAUGGUACUUUCCCCUUCAAUUUUCCUGUUACUGUGAUGCUUUUUAUUAUUAUUGUGGUGUUUAACAUUUGAGCUUGAUAAUCAAUCACUUGUUACUGAAAUAUUAUUACAUACAAGUGUAAAUAAAAUCAAAAUCUCUAAUAGCAGAAUAAUAUUGUAUUACAGCAGCACUUGAGGAGUUGCUUUUCCAACCCGGACUCAUGAAUUGCGUAUAAAUAACAUCGGGAAAUACGUAUGCCAAAGUUUGAUUUUGCGUGCAUAUGAUACGCCAAUGUUUGCGUGCACCUCGCUGAAGAGCAGACAUUUUGAAACGUACAUGAAGAGGAAACACUGAAAUAAUUUAAAUAAUACUGUUAGGUUUAGGGUUUGGGUUAGGGUAGAGGUUAUAAUAUGCACGCACGCUAACAUUAGGUUUAGGGUUUGGGUUAGGGGACAGGUUAAUAAGACAAAUUGCCGGUUAAUAUGCACGCGCGCUAAAUUGGCGUAUCAUAUGCACUCAAAAAUAGGCGUAUUUAUGUACGCAAAAUCGAACUUUGCCGUACGUAUUUCACGAUAAUGCAACCCGCGUGCUAUUUAUACGCAAUUCAUGAGACUGGGCUCGCUUUUCUCACCUCUAACAGUGGGUUCACACCAAACGCGAAUUAAGCGAUUUGCGUGAGUAAAUUACAUACAAAGUCAAUGCAAAGAUGUGUAUAGACGCGAACUCGCGGCAGACGAUGCGAAUGACGCGAACCGGGCGACGCGAUUGCCGCGAACGCACGUCAAUCUCGUCUUCCGCGAAGGUUGAAAAUAUUUGUCAGCUCGAGUCACUUGCUCGAAAAUAACUAACUUUUCCCGUGAGUAAUAAAGAGCGUGGAACGCGAUUGUUCGCGUUUGGUGUGAACCAAGCAUAAUACAGUUAUCUGAACAUACUAAGAUGGUUAACCAAAAGCUUUUGUAUAUCAUUUUUCUGCAUGCUCACUUUUAGAUAUAUCAAGAUGAUCUUCCUUUAUUUGUAUAAAGCUCACUUUUAGAGAUCAAACUGAAAAUCACAUAAAUUGACAUGUUUUCAUACUGUAACAUUAAUAUUUAAUAUAAUAAUGAUUUAAAACAUAUGCUUAUUUAAAGGUUUUAACUAGCUGUUUAUGAAAUUGGUAGUUAUUUUCAGAUGUAAAUAGUUAUUGAGAGAAGCAAGGGUUUAGAAUUGAAUAGAUGUACAUGGCACAAAUAGAGGGGGGUACCUUCAUCUGCAGAGACGCCUCAUUGUUAAAACGCCUCAUCUGCUGAACGUGUCCAUUUGUGCCUUGGCUGUGCGUAUUACUGUUGUAAGAUGGCAACAUUCUUUAUUUAGUUUACAUAAUACUAUAUUCCCGGACAUAUAACCAUGUGGAACGCAUGUUUCAUUGCUUAAUAAUUGUCGACAGCCAGUUUUAUAUUCUACUGUAAACUGAAGGUCACUUUAAUCUGAAUAAAUGUAUUUUUACAUUAGAGACUGCACACUGAAUGUUUACUACGGAUUUUCAUGACAAUCGAAUGACCUGCGUUCUCAAUUUCUCCAGACGAUUUCCAAACACCCAUCAUCUUUUUCAUUCCCGCAG